UUCUGAUUCGAGCGGCAUUCAGACGUGUUUUAGUUCUCGUUUAGACUUUGUGCAGUUUGUAGCGGAGAGUUCGCGCUGUUUAUACAAAUUUUAUAAAAACUUUUAAAAAGUUAAAUUAAAUAUUUAAAUCUGUUAGAAUGGCUGAUGAUAAGAGCUCAACCGUUGCAUCACCUGUAAAGGUAGCCGAAGAGAAAGAGGUGGUUGAUGGCGUCGAGGUGGGAACUACGACUCCAGCAAAGUCCCCAGUAAAAGCUAAGGAUACCACGGAGUCUACCGAAACUUCUGAGGCACCAACCAAUGGAUCCCCUGAGAAACGAGAUGUAGCAAAAGAGGAUACUGCUUCCGAAACACCCAAUGGAGACAGUACCGUUGUUGCCUCUGAACCUGUAUGUCCUGUCAAAAGGAAAUCAGGCGUUACAAAAGAAGGAGACAAGGAGGAUGAUGUACCCACCCCCGAGAAAAAAGCAAAAAAAGAUGACGAUUCAGAAGUCGCCGAUAAGGAAACAGCCUCAGCCUAAGUUUUAAGCUAUUUGUAAAACCAACCUUAAAGUAUUUAAUGGUAUUACUUACUAUUACACUAUAGAUUAUUAAAGUAUAAAAUCAAAUAUUUAUGAAUGGAACCAAGUUUCAAACCACUUCAGUGGACAACUUCGAUUUAUGUUUUUUUUCCUUGACUAAUGCAAUAAGAAUUGCUGCACUGUGUUGUAAGAAAACUUUUUCUUAGUUUGUUAUGCUUUAUUUCAUAGCUAAACAUAUCUUCACAUAGCUAUUGCAAAAUUUCACUAACAUUCCUUUGUUGAAUUGAGACUUGGACCCAAAUUGAAGAUCUCCGGUUGUUACAAUUAUAUUCUUUUUUUCUACUUAAUCCAUGUCAGCCUCAUCCCGUUCCUUUGAAUUGGUCCUUUUUAAUGUUCCCUUUAUUAUACAUAUACAUUGGAAAGUUCAAAUUUUUGUUUAAAUGUUUGACGAAUUAUUUUGUGUAAUAUUUUUUAUAAAUAUCAUUAGCUCUUAAUUAUAUAUAAUUUACAACUUAAUAAACGAAAUCUCUAAAGAAUGAGUUUUGAUGCAAAUUGCAAGGGAAGUAGGGUAAUUUUUCAUUUAUGCUUUUGAAUCUCCCAUUUUCAUUUAGAUUUAAUUACAAAGCACUUUAGCACA